CUGACAAAGAUAAGGAGUGCCAAGGGGUAGGACCAAGUUCGAUGUCUGGCAGCUGCGCUAGGAGACAAUUAUGCUAAACAUAGAACCUCUGCAAAUACCAAGUGCAGACUUCACUCUUUACUACCAAUCUGCGAUCAAAAUCUAAUUUACCUCCUUUCAGUGACCGUCCAGUUGCGGGGGGCUCCCUCAUCCUUUUUUUUGACGUCGUCACUGGGGGGCAAGGAUUUAAAGGAUGUGGUAGGAACCACUUUCGGACAUAACAAGAGAACAUGUGGGUUGUUGUUGAAGAUGAAGCAGAUGCAGAUUAUGGGAUUUUUGUGCAUAUUAAUGUUGCUUCUUGUGUACAUGACCACUAUUUAUUAUCACUACCACCAAGAAGAGGUGGAACCAAAAUUUGGUCCACUUCACUUUGCAGAGGAUUCUCGUGUGGCCCACAUGGUUUUGCCACGCGGCAUCGUUGAGGCUUCAUCCGAUCUCGAGCCAAGGGCCCUCACGGCAGAGCAUAUUUCAAAGUCCAAGGUCAGUGUGGAGGGCAGUCGCAAUUUGUUGGCAAUGGCAGUUGGCAUUGAGCAGAAGGGUAAUGUUGAUGAAAUCAUUCGAAUGUUCAUUUCAGAGAAUUUCACGAUCGUUUUGUUCCAUUAUGAUGGUAAUGUGGAUGCUUGGUGGGAUCUAGGAUGGAGUAAAGAUGCCAUUCAUAUAGUUGCUCACAGUCAAACAAAGUGGUGGUUUGCAAAGCGUUUUCUGCAUCCGGAUGUCGUAUCCAUUUACGACUAUAUAUUUCUAUGGGAUGAAGAUUUGGGUGUGCAGAAUUUUCGCCCUGCAAGAUACCUGGAAAUUGUAAAAGUGGAAGGGCUGGAGAUAUCUCAGCCAGCUCUGGACCCUAAUUCACCAGGCAUACACCACAGGAUAACAGUUAGAAGCAGAAGAAACCGGGUUCACAGAAGGGUAUAUCAGGACAAAGGCAGAACAAAAUGUUCUGAGGAAAGUGAAGGCCCUCCCUGCAGUGGGUUUGUGGAAGGAAUGGCUCCGGUGUUUUCGCGACGCGCAUGGCGUUGCGUGUGGUAUCUUAUACAAAAUGACCUUGUUCUUGGAUGGGGAAUGGACAUGAAGUUUGGUUAUUGUGCUCAGGGGGACCGGACAAACAAUGUCGGGGUAGUUGACAGUGAAUACUUGGUGCACCUUAGCACUCAGUCUUUGGGCUCCGGCUCCUCCCCAAAAAAGAUACUCCGUGCUUUGAGUCCUUCUCAAAAGGUGCCAAAGGGUCGUGUGGCUAAUCCGAGAGUUCAGUUAAGGAGGGAAUCAACUUAUGAGCUGCAAGUAUUCAUGGAGCGAUGGGAAGAAGCUGUGAAGGAGGACAAGCAAUGGGUGGAUCCAUACAAACAAACUUUACUGGUCUAAUUAAUUUAAUUAGCCCCAAGCUCCUCAUCUGCACAUUCUUGAUUUGAACAUUAUAUUUGGUGCAAUUAAUUAAUUAAUCAACACUUAUCACUAUA